AUGAGCUACGAUUCCGAAAUCCACUCGCCGAACGAGAUGGUGGUAGAUACCCAGGACGAGAUGGUCGUCCAACCGACCCUAAAUGAGAAAGAUCAGGUCACAGAGAUCAAUCCAGAACAACUGGAAAACGAUGCUGAGAAUCUCGAGAGCGCUAUCUUGGCUACCGAUUUUGAGGCUAUGAAAGAGAUAGUACUGCCACCUCUCCUAGACGAACCUAAGAUCGUAGAAGAUGUCGUCAAUACAUGGACUGUACAAAACUGGAGGGCACUCUCUAAGAAGGAGCACGGCCCCGUAUUUGAAGCCGGCGGACACCCAUGGCGAAUUCUCCUCUUUCCGUUUGGAAAUGGUGUCGACCAAUCCUCGGUAUAUCUUGAACAUGGCUUCCCAGAUGUCAGUAGUAUACCAGAGGACUGGAGCUGCUGUGUACAGUUCGGGCUGGUCAUGUGGAAUAUUAAUGACCCAUCUCUCUUCUACCAUCAUACAGCCCACCACCGCUUUACAAAGGAGGAGAGUGAUUGGGGUUUCACGCGGUUCCUCGAGUUAAGGAAAAUGUUCCAGCAACCGUGGGAUAAUUCCGGCCACCCGCUCGUCGAGAACGAUUCCGUCAAUAUCACCGCCUACGUUAGAGUGGUCGAAGAUGAGACUGGCGUGCUAUGGCACAACUUCAAUAACUACGAUUCUAAGAAGGAAACGGGUUAUGUUGGUCUGAAGAACCAGGGUGCCACAUGCUACCUUAAUUCGCUAUUACAGUCGCUAUUCUUCACAAAUGCUUUUCGAAAGGCCGUUUACGAAAUCCCAACGGCAGAAGACGAGAGCAUAACUAACAGCGCCUACGCCCUCCAGAGAUUAUUUUAUCAGCUUCAGAUUUCAAAUCAGGCCGUAAGCACCAACGAACUAACGAAGUCAUUUGGUUGGGACACACGACAUAUCUUUGAGCAACAAGAUGUGCAGGAACUAUCCCGUAAGCUGAUUGAACGUAUGGAGGAGAGGAUGAAAGGCACCGCAGCUGAAGACGCUCUUCCACGUAUGCUCAGCGGGAAGAUAAAAACGUACGUUUCCUGUAUUGACGUUGAAUAUGAGUCCAGCCGAGUUGAAGACUUCUGGGAUAUCCAACUCAAUGUCCGGGGAAUACCAAACCUUGAGGAGAGCUUCAAAGAUUAUAUUCAGCAGGAGACUCUUGAUGGUGACAACAAGUACUGGGCAGGCGAUGAAUUCAAGUAUCAGGAUGCUCGCAAGGGUGUGAUAUUCAAGAGCUUUCCCGAAGUAUUACAUCUACAUUUGAAGCGGUUCGAGUACGACAUCCAACGCGAUACGAUGAUGAAGAUCAACGACCGUUUCGAAUUCCCCGAGGCUCUUGACCUGAAGCCUUACCUUGACCAGGAUGCAGACAAGUCCGAACCGUGGGUAUAUAAACUGCAUGGAGUCCUGGUGCAUAGUGGUGACUUGAAUGCGGGCCACUACUAUGCCUAUCUUAAGCCCAACAAGGACGGCUGGUUCUACAAGUUCGACGAUGACAAAGUGACAAAGGCAACCAUCCGAGAGACACUAGAGGAGAAUUUUGGGGGUGAAUACCCAGCCUCGUUUUUGCAGUCUCGCACAGGCCUCCAAAAGAAGUCCCCGAUCAUGCGUCAGAUGAGUGCGUAUAUGUUGGUCUAUAUCCGAGAGUCUCGGUUGGAUCAAGUUUUGACGCCAGUCAAGAAUGAAGAUUGUCCGCCACAUCUCCAAAAACGUCUGGAUGAAGAGGCGGCUGCGCGUGAAGCUAAGAGAAGAGAACGUGAAGAACAGCAUCUUAAACUUCCUGUUAAAGUCAUCACGGAAGAGACAUUCAAACGCCACGGUUCCACCGACCUUACAAACUUCGACUCUAACCCCGAAGAAGAUCCAGCAGCCCCUAGGUUCUUCACCCCGGAAAAGGCAACCUCAGUCUUCAAAUUUAUUAGAGAUUCUAUUGUUGGGUAUCCCAAACCCAAACCCGGGCAGACCGAAGCCGAAACAAAGGCCGAAGGCGACCUAUAUGCCAAGAGAAUUCGCUUGUGGAUUAUGGUAAAUCGCCAGAAUAAGACGACUAGACCUGAUCAGCCGAUUAUGAACAUGGACGCGAAACUGGGAGAUAUUUAUAAGAACAUGAUCACAGCAAAUAGAGAUAAUGCCAUGAGAGUAUGGGCGGAAGUUGCAGAUGAUGUUGAUGCUGAAGGGCAACCUGUUUGGCCCAUAUAUCAGGGCAAUGCCAAUGAUGUCAUCGUUAAGAACGACCUGAUUCUUCUCUUCUUGAAACAUUUCGAUGCUGAGAGGCAAAUUCUCGAAGGAGUGGGUCAUAUCUAUGUAAGCAGGGAGAAGAAAGUUGAAGAUCUAGUGCCUGUGAUUGCCAAGAAGAUGGGCUGGGGUGACAAGUUACCCUCGGGAGAACAGUUGGCUAUGUGGGAGGAAAUUAAGCCAGCAAUGAUCGAGAGUCUUAAGGCGAAACAGACCUUGAAAGCUGCUGAGCUUCAGGAUGGAGACAUUAUAUGCUUCCAGAGAAUCGCCGAGCGGAAAUCGGGCGAACUUCUUGGCAAGAUCCCUCGUCUUGGAGAUAAGAACUCGGAGGAGACGCCUAAACGAUGGGACCGAUAUGACGACGCUAAGGGAUUUUACGACUUCCUCUGCAAUAAGCGAGAAGUUCGCUUCGAUCCUCACCCUCGCUGCGAGAGAACCGAUUACCAGAGCUUUAUUCUUACACUAAGCACGAAAAUUACUUACGAUCAACUUUCGGAGAGAGUUGGCGAGGAGUUAGGCGUAAAUCCUACUCACAUACGCUUCUUCACGGCCAACGCUUCUACGGGAAGCCCCAAGGCGGCAGUUAGGAGGGCUGUCAGUCAAAACCUCGGUACCAUACUGAAUCCAAAUAACUACACCCAACAAACGUUGCAGACCAAGCCCAACUCUCUUUUCUUCGAAGUUCUAGACAUGAGUCUUGCAGAACUAGAUACGAAAAAGAAUGUUAAGGUGACUUGGUUGAGUGAGGGCAUGACGAAGACGGAAACAUUUGACAUCUUGGUAAAUAAGCAAGGGCACAUUGAAGAUCUUGUGCAGGCCUUUGUAAAGAAGGCGCAGAUCAAGGACGAACACGAGGGUGGUCGAAUUCGGGUUUAUGAGAUUCAUCACCACAAAUUUCACCGGGAGCUCGUGCCUAACUAUCCAGUUCUUAGUAUUAACGACUACACCGACGUGAUAGCGGAACGAGUUCCGGAGGAGGAAAUGGACGCUGAUGAAAGAGAUUUUAUCAAGGUCAUUCAUUUCCAGAAUGACGCCAGUCGGGUCCACGGAAUCCCAUUCAAAUUCCUCCUCAAAGAGGGUGAACCCUUCUCCGAGACAAAGAAGCGACUAGAGAAUCGAACAGGUAUCAAGGGCAAGGCUUUCGAAAAGAUCAAAUUCGCAAUAGUGCGACGAUUCCAGAAGCCGGCUUAUAUCAACGACGAAGAUGUGCUUUUCGAUGAGGGAGGCACCAUAGAAGACGACGUCGUGCUUGGGCUGGACCACCUGGAUCGUUCAAGAACAACGCGGAAUGGGGGAGAAAUGUUCCUCAAGUAG